CAUGAUUGGUGGCAGUGGGGAUCAUUUCCAGAGAAACUCUGCUUCCAAUAAGUGUGCAGUCAUUAAUGGGGAGUGGAAAGGAUAUUCACUCACUGUAGUUAAAACCCCAAACUUCUUUAGUAUGUCUAAGAAAACAAUCAAAGCAGAAAUGAGGAAAUGUGUGAGCAUCUGUGAGCCUGGACCAAAUGUUCUUCUGCUGUUAGUGAAACCUUCAUCAUUCACACAAAGCAAGCGGCAAACCCUCACAUCCAUCCUCAGUUUGUUGGGACCAGAACCUCUGAGGCACUCGUUGGUCGUUAAGACCCAUGACCUGAUUGAAUCUCAGGCAGUCAAACAGCUCAUUAGAGACUGUGAUGACCGACUGUACAACAUGUAUGAAAAUGACCAGAAAAUGAUCAUGAAGAAGGUUAAAGCAACAGUGCAUAAAAACAAGGGAGCCUACCUCACCACCACUGAAGACAACAUGGAACCAGAAGCUGUAUUUAAUAAGCCCGUAUUAAACCUGGUUCUGUUAGGGAGUAGACUAGCAGAGAAAGCUUCAGUAGCCAAGGCCAUUCUAGGUCAGAAAGAGCUUCAUUUGGCCUCUAAUCCAUCAGACAUCAUCAUGAAUCAGGAGGAUGUGUUUGGGUGUUGGGUUUCUGUUCUGGAGAUGCCUUCCCUGUAUGGAAAAUCUCAUGAGGAGGUGAUGCAGGAAUCCUUUAAGUGUAUCUCUCUCUUUGAUCCUGAGGGUGUCCAUGCCUUCAUCUUGGUCCUACCUGUGGGUCCCCUCACUGAUGAAGACAAGGGCGAGUUACAGACCAUCCAGGACACAUUCGGCUCUAGAGUCAAUGAUUUCACCAUGAUCCUGUUCACUGUAGAGUCAGAUCCUACAGCUCCAGCCAUCAUUGACUUCAUCAGAGAAAGUAGAAGUGGCCCGGAGCUCUGUCAGAGCUGUGGAGGAAGAUAUUUUGUUCUGAACAUUAAGGACCAGCAGCAGAUCCCAGAACUAUUGAGUGUCGUAGAAAAAAGCAGAACAUAUAUGGACAACCAACGCUCCUACACAACCAAAACACAUGCCAACGCUCAAGCAGAAAAAGUCUCAGAAAAAGAGAAAAACAUUGAGCACCUGAAGAAAGCACUUCAGGACCUCAAGUGCAAGAACGUCGCUCCUAGUGUUGAUUUGCAGCCAAUCCCUGACAGUCUCAGGAUUGUCCUGAUAGGGAAGACUGGCUGUGGGAAAAGCUCCUCUGGAAACACCAUUCUGGGAAGAGAGGAAUUCAAAGCAGAAGCUCUUCAAAAGUCCGUCACCAAACGCUGCCAGAAAGCUCAGAGUGAAGUGGCUGGUCGCACAAUCACUGUGGUCGAUACUCCUGGACUGUUUGACACCAGCCUGUCUAACGAGGAAGUCAAUGAGGAGAUGACCAAGUGCAUUAGUCUUCUGGCUCCAGGACCACAUGUCUUCCUUCUGGUGUUAUCGAUCGGCAGGUUUACUGCAGAGGAGAAGGACACAUUAAGAUUGGUUACAAGGGUCUUUGGAAAGACUUCUGAGAAAUUCACCAUCAUCCUCUUUACUAAAGGAGACUCAUUAGCUCAUCAUUCAAUAUCAGUAGAAGAGUACAUUGAGAAAGGGGAGGAUUUCAUUAAGAAUCUAAUUGAGGAUUGUGGAGGAAGAUACCAUGUGCUUAAUAACUAUGACAAAGAAAACAAACAGCAGGUUUCCGAACUGAUUGAAAAGAUUGAGAAGAUCGUGGAGAUAAAUGGUGGUGGUUGUUUCACUAAUGAGAUGCUGAGGGAAGCAGAGGAAGCAAUCCAGAAAGAGAUGGAGAAAAUACUGAAAGAUAAGGAGGGGGAGAUGCAAAGAGAGCUGCAAAAACUCAAGGAGGAACGGGACAAAGAAGUAAACAACAUGCAAGAAAGAAUGCAGGAACAAAAAGCAGAACUAGAGAUUGAGCGGCUGGAGUGUGAAGAGAAGCUGAAGGAGUUAGAGGAAAAAAUAAAUUCCACAACAGAUCUGGAGAAGAAGAGUUUACUGGAACAACUCAAAGAAAGUUUAAGAAAAGAGCAAGAGAACAGAAAGAAAGAACAAAAAGAAUACUGGGAGCGAC